CGCUCGCCAGGUGUCCUCCGCCCCCCCUGGGCCGUACGCCGGUCGCACUCCGACGUCUCCACCUCGCCACCGAUUCCCGACGACGGGUACCAUCAACGUGUCCGGUUGCUCUCAGGCCCCGGCCAACCUCCUUUCUUCUCCCAAUCCACUGACCUUCAUUCGGACAACUGGCCAGAAGGAGGGGAGAAGUGGGUGCUCGCAGUCGCAGGGUAUCCUCGCCGCCGUCGCCGCGCAGAUUGGGCGCUAAUCCAGGCGAGUCAAGGCAUCGCGUCUCGCCGCCAAAUCCUCGGCUUUUGGUCGGGCUCUCUUGAUCGGGUUUCCCGGAGAUCUCGCGGUUCUCCAAUUCCUCCUGCUGCUGCUGUGGUCUUCUGCUUGCUUUUGGUCAGAUUUUUGCAGCAAGUACUCUAAACUUGUGAAGAAACACUACUUGAUUUUAUACCUAGUAACUCAAUCAUGUCAGGCUGUGCCAGGAAUAUAUUCGAUGAGGAAGAAGACUUUCAGGUUGUUUUGGGCAAAGGAAAUCCUGGAGAGUCGUCUUGCCAGCAGAAUUCUAGGUGGAUGGCACACUGGGCCAGAGCAAGCAGCAAUGCAUAUGGCAAGAACUGUAGUCCUUUGGAGGAUGCCAAUAAUAGCACUUGCACAAAAGAUUCUGGGGCUUCACUUUUUGAGCUUCAGAAAUCUAGCGUCACUGAAAGGUUUAUGUUGGGAGGAAAUUACGAAGGAAUUUCAAUGCAGAAUGUGCAGCAGUUAAACUCUAACAUGUGGGGUGUGGGGGAUGAUGUUUGGCAAGAAGCUGAACAAAAGAAGAUUGAACAGCAAGAUGGGCCUUUUCAAAGUUCUCCAAUGCAGAUGCGCAGAGAUAGGAGUUUCUAUGCUAAGACAGUAGUAUCAGAAACACUUUCCGUUUGCAGGCUUCCAGAUCUGCCAUUGACUUUUCAGAAACUUGUGAACUCAGACGAGAACCUUGAUUCACAUUGGAACCGGUUUCCUAUGUUGCCAAUCAAUCAAAAAAUCGACAGGAUAUUUAAUCCAAAACGAAAGUAUGCUGCCGGUACUGUGUUCGAUGAUCUUUUUGUGCCACAACAAACUCCUAUGCUAAAUGUGGCUCCCUCUGACUUGAUGGAAUUAUCACAUCAGGAGUAUGAGCUGCAGUCUCAUAAAAAAACUGACAGGGUCAGCGAUCAUUGCAAACCUGCAGGAAGCAUCAUACGUCUCCGAGAAGAUCCUACCUGGAUCACUUCUGAUCCUGCAGGGAAGAAAUUAAAAGUUGACAGUAACUCAUUGUUAGAUUGUCUAAUAGAUGAGCAGGAUGCAGGUCACUAUUUUGCAAACCCAAAUCUGGAGGCACUCUGCAAAUUUGAUGAAAAGACAUUCAAUCUUUCAGAAUACAAUGAGAAGGGCCAAAGUGUUGGAGGGGCCUCUCAGAAUCAGAAGUCGAGAACACCGGCUGGACUCCAUGAGAAGGGCCAAAGUGUUGGAGGGGUGUCUCAGAAUCAGAAGUCGAGAAUACCGGCUGGACUCCAUGAAAGACAACCACAGGAGGAAUUUACAGAUCCCAGUAAAGAAAAAGUUCCACAUUUAUUUGAAAUGCUGACAACACCUUCCAACUUACAAAGCUCAUGCGCUAAAGAUUCACUGUACCCUAGUGGCCUUGGAGUUUGCGGCCCAAAUAUUGACAGUCAUUUGUUUGGAGCUCAAAAACAAUUCUCACCUAAAACUGAAAAGUUGCACAGUGAGACACAACAUGUGUCAAAACUGUCAGCAGGUAUCACUUUAUCGUUGGCAGAAAAGGACAAUUGCUGCACAGAGAAAGCGAAUGAGCAGCUGGCAACUCUGUCCAUCAAAGGAUCACCAAGACACAAUGAAGAAAGCAGAUCACGUAAUGUCAAUGCCAAUCAAGAUUUUUCCAGCAAGCCCAAUACCGAAACCAUGGACUUGGAUCCCCUGCCAUUUCAACCAAGCAGGACGAAAAAUCAACCCCCCAACAGCACAACUCAAUCGCCAGCGCGUACCGAGCCAAGCGACAGAUGGCUCAAGCGUCUGCGCCACGAUGUCGCAGAUCCUCAUGGCCCUGGUUCCAAGAGGCCCGAAAGUGUAGACUGCUGUCCUGUUGGAGGAGCAAGUAGAAUGCCCAACACUGACAUCGCGGACCAUGCCGAGGCAAGGAGUGUUCAUUGCUGGGUGGGAAGAUUGUGCGUGGGUGGUGGUUCCCCUGUUCCGCGUGGAGAUCCGGACCAGGGAGUGCGAGCAGCAGCGAAGCCUGGCGUCGCAACCGGAGAAGUUGGAGUCGGAGGACACUUCCCCAGCAUCAAGGCGAUGGCGAUGAUGGGGCAUGUGAUGAGCAAGGUCCGGCCACUUGAUCGCGAGAGGAAGGGCCCUUGCGUGAUGUGGAAGACUGAGGGAGAGAGAGCCACAUGAGUGGCUAGCAGGUCUGUUUUUAUUUCUUUGUUAUGUUGAAGGUAGUGGUGUAUGUUGCUGUUGCAUGUCGUGUGGUUUGUUCCAAAGAAUGUAAAGUGUACAUAAAUAUGUGAACUCUGUCACCUAUAGCUCAUCAUAUAUAUAUAUUCAGCUAUUUCUAUU